AUGGAAAACUUUGUGUAAUCAAAGCAAAGUCUAGAUCAGACUUUUUAAUUCUAGGCAUUCAAGGAAAUCUUAGAUGAAAUCGAUAGAUAAAACAAUUAAUCUGUUAAAAAAUCACCUCACCCUCAAAAGAGUAAAGGAGACACCUAAUAAAUUUUUAAUCAGAGUCGAAAUCUUGAAAGAUCACCUUUUUCUAAUAAAUUAAAUCAAGAGUCAGGGGAACUCAACAAUACAUCUAACUAAUAUUAGACCUACAUGGAGACUGUCUCUACCUUUGACAAGAACUUUGUCAUAACUGAAGCCACUUCAAAGAGUCAAAUUGCUGCCACUUACAUGAAACUCUCCUUAAAGGACCUCCCACUUAUAAUAGAGGCUAUCAAUAACAACACUGACAUGCUCAGAUUGUUCUUCGGUUGCAAAGCUCUUAGGAAAAUUGUCUCAACAGGAAAUGAAUACACUAUUAAGGAAGUACUUUAAAACUUUGAAUAUCUAGGAAAAAGACUGGUAUAUCUACUGAUGAUGCCCUAAACUUAAGAACUCUAAAUAGAAAUACUAUGGGCUUUAGUUAAUUUGAGCAGUCUCAAGGAUAGCAAAAAGUUGCGGGAAUUGAUUGAAUUCGGUUUAUUUGAAGCUGUUUUGGGAAUGAUUGAUGAGGAAUUAGAGAAUGUCCAGAGAUGUGAGCUAUGCUUAUAACUUCUUUGCAAUUCCAUAGCUGAUUAGGACAAGAGCAAGAGAGACUUAUUAGAUGUUGAGUAGGUCAAAGGCUAGUUAAGAUUAGAUGUUACUGAUAAAAUAGAUAUCAUGCUACAAAGAAUUGAUGAGCUACUUACGGUUGAAAGUAGUUUGAUAUCAUUAAAGAUAGCUGUAUAAAACAAUGAAUAUGCAAGUCAUAUUAUUUAAAAGUAUCAAAAAAGAAAAGAUACUGUGGUCAAGCUAGUUGCUCUUUCCUAAAAUCUAGAGACCUAUCAAAUCGCUUAUAACUCUCUUUUGAUAUUGGGGUAUUUAUCUUCUUCAGAGUACUUUAAAGAGUAUCAUUUGGUAAUAGAUGGCUAGAUCUAUGAUGCCUUUGUUAAUGUUUUCAUGAACUAGUUCAAUACUUAAAAUCAGUUGAAUAAUCAAUAUCUGUAGAUAUUACUUUGGACACUGUCCAAUAUUGUAGCAGAUGAUGAGAAGUGUCAGUCCUUAAUUAUCCAGAAUUAUCAGAAUCUAAUAGUAGUUAGUUUGAAUCAUGGCCUUCAGACUUAGUCGCUAAAAGUUAUCAGAGAAGCUCAAGUCUUGCUUGACAAUAUCUUAGACAUUAAGGAUGCUAACAAAUAUCUAUUUGAAUAUGAUGAAGUGUAUCAUCAAAUAAUAGAUAACAUCUCCUUCACUUUAAAUUUUAGCGAUCACUAAGUACAGCUUACAGGUCUGAAGUCACUGCUUAAGAUGAUAGAAUUGGAAUCUGAGAAGGUUAUAAAAUCCCUAAGGAGUCUGAUACAUGAUUAAAAAACUUUAAGAUCUCUUGAAAGAUUGCAAUUCUCACCGUAUUAGGAAGUAUACGAUACAGCACUCUUUAUCAUAAAAAAGCAUUUGACGAGUGAGAUGGAGGAUACUGAUAUUUUUAUGAAUCCGAUUGGUGAUGAAAAUACUGCCAGCUAGAUACUGUCACCUUCUCAUAAUAGCAAAUAUGAAAUGAGUGGAUAUUUGAGUCAUAAAAAGUCAGAAGCCAUGAUGAAUACCCAGGGUGCUGCUGGAAGCACUGCCCAUUAACACUAAUUCCUAAGUACUAAUAAGAAGAACUCCCUUUCAGCUAUUAAUGCGAACAUUAAUAAGGAAUAUAUAAUUAUGAUGAUAGACGAUGAUUGA